AUGGUGAACGUUUUGACAAUGAACAUGCCAUUGUCGCGUGGCCUAAUGAAGCUACUCGGAGUGAGACCUCAAGCAGUAGAGAUUGAGCCAGGGACCGUACUGCGCUUUUGGGUCCCAAGUGAUGAUCAAACCACUAGCAACACCAAGAACAAACCAAAUAAACCUGCAGUGGUGUUUCUUCAUGGUUUUGAACUAGGUGGGAUUCUAACAUGGCAAUUUCAAGUGCUAGCUUUGGCCAGAGAGUACGCAAUUUACGUGCCCGAUUUACUCUUCUUUGGAGAGUCAACUACGGAUAAAACUGACCGAAUAGGCUUUCCAAGAUACAUGAUAUAUGAAGUUGAUGGCAUGAUAAAAGAGUUGGUCUUGAUUCCACAACUCAUUAACCUUUUGAUCAACGAGCGUUACAGAUGUGGGAAAGGAAAGAAAGCACUUAGCCUCCACGGUGAAAGGAUGAGGAGAGGCAAUAUGCAUAUAUCAAAUUCUAUCCACGAGUGA